AUGGACGAGGUGGAGGAGAAGAACGUCAAGCUGCGGUGUGGUGUGUAUGGUGACGGAAGCGUGUUCUCCGUCGAGGUUGAGCGCAAUGGAGACGUGGAAGCGCUACAGGAGAAGAACGGCGCGUGGCUCAAGAGCGACCCCUUCAAGCCUUUUUUGAAACACGGAAGAAAAGAAGACAGUGCCUAUGUGGUAGAGAUGAUCCCAAACUGGGAUCUGUGA